UUCAGAGAGAUGUUAUAAAGCAAAAAGAUUACGGCAAGGAAAAAACUCUGAGUUUUUGAGACUGUCUUUUAAAUAAAGUCACAGGUAAAUUCCUUAAACUCCAGAAAUAUAACUUUUAACAACAAACGUUUCAGUUGUGCUUUUUAAGAUUUAGACGUCCGCAGGCUCUAGGGAAGAAUCUACACAAACACAUCAAAACUUUUUGGCACUUUCGUAUAGUGUAGCGAUAACUUUGUUCUUCUCCCUAACUCUGCACUAACUCUGAUUUCGAGGUAAAUAAUCGUGCUAAAAUUAUUCUGGUUCAGACGCAGGAAAACCUUUUCCGGUAGAAAGCCCACCUUCCUCUCACAUUGCGCAUGCCCAGUGUGCCCUGCUGCUUUGCUUUGCUUUUGAGCAUCUCAGCCUCUGUCACCAGGUAAGGGCAUUCUGGAAGAAGAGCUUUGGUGAGCUGGCUCAAACAGAACUCUGGGGGUCCCAAGAGCUUUCGGGUAUGCAAAAGAGGAAGGAGUGAUUGGUCUCGACUUAAGCAUAUCCCUCCCACCCGUCACGGUCAAGAACCAGGGUGCACACCACAGUCCUCUCCACUGGAGGGGCGCUAAUGAAGACAGGAUGACAGGCGAGGAAAGGAACUACAACUCCCAGCAUGCAGUGCGCAGCGCGGUUCCUGGAGAGGCCGGCUGUGCACUCGAACCCGGUCUCCGUCCAGAAUCUGGGCCGACAGCUGCGGGCUGACAAGGUGAGCAGCUGGCGCAGGAUGUGAGUGAGCCCUGAGGUGUGACCCGGAGACCUGGGCAUGCCGGGAAGUCAGGGCUCUGAGUUCCAGCUCGCCGGCCCUAGUGGACAUCUGAAGACCUGUCGCCGGUGUCCCACUGGAUCACACAUCCGGACGUGACGCUACGGCGGAGGAGGAAGGGAGAGGCGGAGCGUCGCGGUGACGUCCUCCCAAGAUGGCGGUGAGAGAGUGAAGAAACUGUUUCCCUUGGGCGGCUACGGAUGAAGGGUGAAAUUCUAUUCUGAUAUCAAAAUGCAGUAUUCCCACCACUGUGAGCACCUUUUAGAGAGACUGAAUAAACAACGGGAAGCGGGAUUUCUUUGUGACUGUACCAUAGUGAUUGGAGAGUUCCAGUUUAAGGCGCACAGGAAUGUGCUUGCCUCCUUUAGUGAGUAUUUUGGUGCGAUCUACCGAAGCACUUCUGACAACAAUGUUUUUCUUGAUCAGAGUCAGGUGAAGGCUGACGGAUUUCAGAAACUGUUGGAGUUUAUAUAUACAGGAACUUUAAAUCUCGACAGUUGGAAUGUUAAAGAAAUCCAUCAGGCUGCUGACUAUCUCAAAGUAGAAGAGGUAGUAACUAAAUGUAAAAUAAAGAUGGAGGAUUUCGCUUUCAUUGCUAGUCCCUCUUCUACAGAAAUAUCUAGUAUUACUGGAAACAUCGAAUUGAAUCAACAGACCUGUCUUCUUACUCUUCGAGAUUAUAACAAUCGGGAGAAAUCAGAAGCCUCCACAGACUCAGUUCAGGCAAACCGCAAACAACGGGCAUUGACAAAGAAAUCAUCUCAAAGUAAAAAGAAGAAAAAGGCUUUCAAUUCCCAGAAACCAGGGCAGAAUAAAGCAGUGCAAUAUCCCAGUGAUAUUUUAGAGAGUGCAUCUGUUGAAUUAUUCCUAGAUACAAAUAAGUUGUCCUCACCUGGAGCAGAGCAAGUCAUUCAAGGAAAUGACAAUUCAGAACUUGAGUUGACCUCAGUUGUGGAAAAUACUUUUCCAGCACAAGAUAUUGUGCAAACUGUUACAGUCAAACGGAAACGUCGAAAAUCACAGUCACAUUGUGCCCUGAAAGAACACUCCAUGUCUAACAUAACCAGUGUAAAGAGUCCGUAUGAGCUGGAGAACUCGGGGGAAGAGCUGGACCCAAGGUAUUCCAAGGCCAAGCCGAUGUGUAACACGUGCGGGAAGGAGUUUUCAGAAGCCAGCAGCCUGCGAAGGCACAUGAGAAUACACAAAGGAGUCAAGCCGUAUGUCUGCCACUUGUGCGGAAAAGCAUUUACCCAGUGCAACCAGCUGAAAACACAUGUGAGGACUCACACAGGGGAAAGACCAUAUAAAUGUGAACUGUGUGAUAAAGGAUUUGCUCAGAAAUGCCAACUGGUCUUCCAUAGUCGAAUGCAUCAUGGUGAGGAAAAACCCUAUAAAUGUGAUGUGUGCAAUUUACAGUUUGCAACUUCUAGCAAUCUCAAGAUUCAUGCAAGGAAGCACAGUGGAGAAAAGCCAUAUGUUUGUGAUAGAUGUGGGCAGAGGUUUGCCCAGGCCAGCACACUGACCUAUCAUGUCCGCAGGCACACUGGAGAAAAGCCUUAUGUGUGCGACACCUGUGGAAAGGCAUUUGCUGUCUCUAGCUCUCUUAUCACUCAUUCUCGGAAACACACAGGAGAACGACCAUUUAUCUGUGAAUUAUGUGGAAAUUCUUACACAGACAUUAAAAACUUAAAGAAGCAUAAAACAAAGGUCCAUUCUGGUACAGAUAAAAAUCCAGAUUGCAGUGUAGAUGACCAUGCUGUAAGUGAACAAGACUCCAUACAGAGAAGUCCUUUGUCAGAAACACUAGAUGUGAAGCCUUCUGAUAUGACUCUACCCUUAGCACUUCCACUUGGGACUGAGGACCACCAUAUGCUCCUACCUGUCUCGGAUAGUCAGUCUCCUACAUCAGACACACUGCUGAGGUCAACUGUGAAUGGAUAUUCGGAACCACAGUUGAUUUUUUUACAACAAUUAUAUUGACUUUGAGGACAUGGAAUUGCUAGGGCAUCCUUGGCGCUAAAUGUAAACAUGUCUGGUAAGGUGCAUAUUGAUAUUAACCCCCACUCAUUUGAGCUGUGUGACCAUUAGUUUUUAUUUACGGAAGUAAAAGCACCUGAUACUGCAUCAGUCAGUGCUUGUUUUGGUUUUUGGCUUUUAUUGUAAACAACCAGCCUGUGAAGGAGCGGCUUCCAGCGCACUAGCACUGUUUUGAGUGGGUAGGUUUUAGACACUGUUAAAGCUGCCUUAAUUCCAUCUUUAUUUUGCAUUGUAGACUUAUUUGUUUUUUAGGUAGAGUCUGACCUGUGGGGUUUUUUUGUUGUUGUUCUCACUGUUUAAACAAAGUCUACAGUAACAUCAACUUCAAAGUGUUUCUGUUUGUAAGCCCUGUGGACUAGUAUGGAAACUGUCAGAGGGAUUCAAUUUCAUGUUUAUGUCUAUGACAAUUUAGAUACUAGGGAAGAAUUGUGCUAUUUAUUAAUAUAUUCCUUUAGAGGUAACUUUUCUAAUGAAGCCAAACAAAGUAUUUCUCUUAAAACCCAGAAAAUGUGUGUAAAUUUUUGUUCAUUGAGAGUGAAUUCAGUAUUCUGGAGAAAACCAGUACUCAGAUCAAUUUUGUUUGAGUUGAAACUAUAUUUUUUUAAAUAGAUAUUUGGUGUUUUUGAGUAGUCAGAAGACAGUUUUGGAAUUUGAUUCAUUUUAUAUUUUAUUAGAUUUGUAGAUUAUUGGAAGUAAAUAUAUAACAAGUUUUGAAAAUUUUUGAUAAGCCUAUCUUGUAUCAGUUAUGCACUUUUUAAAAUAAAUGUUCUAAAAAGAAUUUUCUAGAUACAAAAUACAUACUAGAAAUCACUUGGCUUCUAAAUUUGAUAUAUUACUUAGAAAAAAAUCAAGAAACUUAAGUUGCAUGCCUAAGGCAACACACAUACACACAAAUAGAAUUAAUAUCCUAAAUUCAAUUAUAAGGUAUACGUUUGGAUUAUCAGUUUCUUUACCAUUUUAUAUUUGAGUUUUCUAUAGACAUGGAUUUUUCACUUCUAUAAAUUAAACUACAACUUUUGGUUGUUGGCUGCAGCUUUAUAGUGGUCCUUUCCAUUGCAGCUGGGUGUUGAGAACUCAGCAUCACCCCAUCCUCCACGCCUGCUCCCUCUCUUUUUCUCUCACUGUGCUGCAUAUUGAUUGAUUUCACUUUGCCUUGUAAGUUACAGUUUCCCAACCAGUUCCUGUUGCUGAUAAGUUCUGGUGACUGUUUCUCAUCUCUGCCAUCAAUUAGUUAGGUCUCACUUGUUUUCAGGAUUUUAACUGCACUGAAACAGACUCACAGUGUUCACUGAUACUGAAUUCUUCAAUCAUAAUUCUCCCUGUUAGAGCCCAAGUCACAGAACUAAGAAGACAUAAUAGAACACUCAGUUCAUACAAACUGCAGGUGUCUUCACAUUUCUUAGAGCUAUAGCAUUUUCAUAGUAAAUUACGACCAGUGAGACUAUCUUAACUGGAGAGACUAUGAAACACCACCUUUGUAUAAUAAACUUAUUUUAUUACUUAGCUAAGAAAUCUGUGUGUAUGUUAAAUGAACAUACUGAGUUUGAAUAAAAUUUAUAAGGUAUAAAAUGUUCAGCUAAUCUUUUCUGGUUUAAGAUCAAUAAAAAUUUGCUGGAAUAUAAAAAAACUGGAAAAAAUUAAGACUCAACCCUUUUUAACAAGUUUGCCAAAGUGGAGAGGUAAUAUUUAAGUGCUGUAGUUAGUUGGGCAUGCACAUACCGAUAAUCACGACAUUCUGGAGAGUUAAGGAAAGAAGGUUAAAAAGGAUUCCAAAAACUGCUAUAAUGAUGUCUGUGCUGUAUGAGGACAAAAACUGCCCAGUUUCCUUAAAUGUAAUGAUAGUCUUUUGUUGGUUUAAUCCCUCUUAAAUUCUGUACUGGUCUCACUUCACAGUCCUGAGUGGUCUAGGACUUCUGUGUAACCUAAAGUAGCUUCUGACUCCACAUCCUCCUCCCUCGUUCUCCAGGUGUGCAGCACAGUAUUAACAACACACAACACAACACCUAACAACACCAAACUUGUUAUCUAGCAUUUGAAAGUUUCUAAAUUGUUAUUUUCAGAUUUUUUUUCUGUAAGUGGAAAUAUGGAAUAGGUCAGGUUGUUUUUUUAAUUUGUAUCACUUGCAUAUCUAAAAUUCUUUAAGUUGAUACUGGUUUAGUCAUUUGCUCUUCCAGAAUUAUUUGUGCAGAAAGCUCAAAGACUGAAUGUCAUCAUUCUUUUCAUACUGUACUGUCACUUACUCUAAUGUGCAUAUACUUCAGGAGUAUCUGGGAGUCAUUCUAACACAGAGUCAUGGAGGUAAAUUCUUUACCUGUUUUGUUAUGGUGCAGUGUUUUGGCAAAGAUUCUUAAUUAAGUAUUACAGAAGGUUUUCAAACUCUUUAAAAUGCUGAAUAUCUUAGCAAGUAUUUUCUAAUUUUGUUUUAUAUUUGUAUUA